CAGUGACUACUCGGUCACAAUCAGCAUCGCCUAUAUUACGUGUAUAUCUUGAUUUGUAUAUAGUUAGAUAUAAUACAUUAUUCAUAUGCACUUAUUCGGUCAAAUCCUUUGCACAAAAAACAGAUUGACGUCUCGAAUCGAAACAACAGGGGAGGGAGUGGGAAAUGGAAGGGAAACAGGAAUCGGAGAUAGAGGUGAUUCACUCAUGGUCUGCUCCUAGAUCUCUCAGUACCAGCGUUAUGUACUCUUUUGCUCAGAGAGAUGAUAUAGAAGUACUUGAUGAACCCUUGUACGCGAACUUUCUCCGUGUAACAGGAGUUGAAAGGCCUUACAGAGACGAAGUUCUAUCAAAAAUGGAAGCCGAUGGGAAUAAGGUUGUGAAAGAUGUUAUUUUUGGUCCAGGAGUAAAGAAAUAUCGCUUCUGUAAGCAUAUAUCAAAACAACGGGUGCCUGGUUUGUCAGAUGAGUUGAUGAAAAGAGGAAAGCACUUCAUAUUAAUACGGAACCCACUCGAGGUACUGCUAUCUUUUGACAAGGUUGUGCGCCCAUCCUUUCUUGAGCUAGGGUUGGCACACUUGGUAGCUAUAUACAAUGAGCUCUGUGAUUUGGGGAAGCCCCCACCAAUCAUUGAUGUAGCAGAACUUCGAGAAGAUCCUGAGGCUGCUUUACGAUGGCUUUGUCAAGAUUUGGAUAUUCCUUUUCAAGCUGCAAUGCUGAAAUGGGAAGCUGGUCCGAAAUCAAUAGAUGGAAUUUGGGCUCCUUGGUGGUAUGAUAGUGUACAUAAAUCAACAGAAUUUACACCAGCAAAGAAGUACCCUUCGCCAUUCCUGUCUUCUUUGUAUGACUUGCUGGAGCAAAGUUUACCUUUGUAUAACAUGCUUCGGCGCCACACACGGGGGAAGUCUUCUCUGGGACCACAACUGCCUCGUCCCAUUCUUCCUGUUCCUGCUAACGAGAAGCUACUUGUUUGGGUUGGUGAUGAGAUUUUACCCCGUGACAGUGCAAAGGUUUCAGUGCUUGAUUCAGUUGUUCAAGGUGGUGAUUCAGUGUGGGAAGGACUUCGAGUUUAUGAUGGGAAAAUAUUUAAGCUUGAUGAGCAUUUAGAUAGAUUGUUUGAUUCAGCAAAAGCUCUGGCCUUUAAUAAUGUACCGACUCGUGAAGAGGUUAAGGAAGCCAUAUUCAAAACUCUUAUUCUAAAUGGGAUGUUUGAUAAUGCACACAUCCGGCUAAGUCUGACACGUGGCAAGAAGGUUACUUCAGGGAUGAGCCCAUCUUUCAACCUUUAUGGAUGCACAUUAAUUGUUCUCGCUGAAUGGAAGCCACCUGUCUAUGACAAUACUAAGGGUAUAACUCUGGUCAGCGCAACUACACGGCGUAAUUCACCGAAUAAUUUGGAUUCAAAAAUUCACCACAACAACCUCCUCAACAACAUCCUUGCGAAGAUAGAAGGGAAUAAUGCAAAUGCUGAUGAUGCCAUAAUGCUUGAUAAGGAUGGUUAUGUGUCCGAAACAAAUGCUACAAACAUUUUCUUAGUGAAGAAAGGACGUGUUGUGACACCUCAUGCUGAUUACUGUCUUCCGGGCAUAACUCGAGCAACUGUCAUGGACCUCGUAGCAAAGGAAAGAAUCAUUUUAGAGGAGCGGCGUGUCAGUCUAUCAGAAUUCCAUACUGCAGAUGAGGUUUGGACAACAGGAACAAUGGGGGAACUCAGCCCGGUUGUUAAGAUUGAUGGUCGCAUAAUUGGCGAUGGGCAUGUUGGACCGGUGACUCGAAGGCUGCAAAGUGCUUUCACUAAACUUACAGAGGAGUCGGGAGUGCCUAUACCCACUUAUCGAAAGGCUUGAAAGUCCAUAAGGCAUGCUUUUCUUUCUCUUGCUUCACCUUUAACCGUCUCUAUAAUUCUUUUCCAAUUUUUUCUAUAGCCAUGAAGAACAUUGGUCUACAGCUUUUCUUGUUUCCAACUAAAUAUUCACUCUUAUUUACUACUUUGCUUUAUUGAAUUGUAGAAUCUAGUACAUGCAAACAAAGUAAAAGGAAAAAAUGGCCAAGUACGGAAAAUAAAAAAUAAAAAUCUGGCAUUGACCUGAUCUUUCGUUGGUUUUUCUGGAAACGCGGACAGAGUCCUCCAGAGUAUCCCCAUAGGAGGUUUUAUGAGUGCACUCUUGCAAGGAUCUUCAGAAUAAUGGAAGUUUCAUAUGCCACUGGAUACUCUGAAACACCAGUUCAGUUUUUAAAUGCCUUAGCAUUUGUUAUUAUGUUGUUUCUGUGGUAUUUUAGCUAUAAAAACCAGUUAUGUUUAACGGCUUUGUGGUCUGCGCUUUAUAUGUUAUUCUUUACGUAAUCUGUUACAGUCUGUAAAAUUCACUUUACCAGGUUGUCAUAAUUGAUAGGCACACAAAUGGCGAAUAGAAUCGAGUUUGAAGAUGAAAAGCACUAGAGACGGACAGACUGCUGCAAGAGCUUGGGAGUUUUGGGGAAUCACGUUUAUUUCCAAGGUGUUAAAUUCUCCCCGGUGCCGAAACCUUAUUUCUUACCUCUUUUUUCUUUUAUUCAUCCCUUCGCAAAGGAAUAAAAAUCAUGUAUUGCCUUAUUUAGAUGUGCGAUAUCAUUGAGACAUAACGAUAAAACUCAGAGACUCCUUGGAUUCAUGAUUUUAGUCUCUUUGGUUAACAUUUGAACGAUUGACUAUAUCAGACAAUUCUCUGGCUUUGGAAAUUGCGGUGUUAGCAGAAAUAGAACUUGUUGCUUCGUCUA